AUUUGAAUUGCCUUAGAAGAUGGUUAGGUUUACACUCAUUUUUGCCCUUUGGUGGAGCACAGAUGUUUCACUUUCUGGUAAUUGGGGUGUGUGGGUACCAAAUUCUGCUUAUGGCAUAAAGGGUCAGAACAGCCUCAUCAACUGCACCUUCUGGUAUCCAAAGGAACAGACGCUGAAAUUAAGAAAAUGGUUGCUCUCAACGAAGAAUGAGGUGAUUGUAGUUGCUCCUUCAGAAGGAAAUUCCUUAGAUAGAUAUAUAAUUAUUGGAGAAGGUGAAAAAAGACAGUGUACAUUACUGAUCAGCAAUACAACUCUGGAAGAUGAAGAAAUUUAUAAAUUCAGAUUUGAAACAGACAAAGAUAAAUGGAGUGCUAAGGAUAAGACUAAGCUUUAUAUCUCAGGGUUCCCUACAGGUGAAAAAGAACCAGCUGAUUAA